GCUACCGCACCGUGUCUAUGCAGGCGAGCCGCGACCAGUAGACGCGUCUGUGCUUCAGAAAAUGAAACACGCACCGCAAGUGGGUUAAUAUUGUCAUUUUUUUGCUACACAGUUUAUUUUUUAGUGUUUGGUAAAACGUUAAAGGUCACGUGGAAGAAAAGCGCCACCAGCAGCUGUUCGAGUUUAGCCAGCGUUAGCCGGUUAGCUUAGGCGGAGACGGGUUAGAAAUUAAUCCAGACUGGACCAACUGUGAGAUCCGUUAGCAGCAGACAGACACACCCUUGUCUGGGAUUAGUGGAUGGACCUUGUGUGAGCCGUGAGGGAUACUUAUCAUGCUACAGCUUCCUAUACGAACUGGGUGUGGUAGUGGAGCCAACUGGGCACCAGUCUGAGUUCGCUGGGCAGUUUAAAUAUGACUGACUCGUCAUCAUGGCACGGACAGAGGAGAUAACCCUCAUCCGAUGAGGCUAGAACCCCAUGCAGCAACGUUAGAUACACUCUAGACUGAAGUUUGCGCUGUUAUCCGUGAUUUCAGCCUGCGUGGCACGAUGAAUCCUGCGAUGUACACUUUUGUUAGCCGCGAUGAUAACAGCACUAUUUAUGCAGAAGUUUCCAAAAUCUUGCUCUCCACGGGGAAGUGGAAAAAGCUGAAAAAAGACAAUCCCAGGUUUAACUUGAUGCUUGGGGAACGAAACAGACUUCCUUUUGGACGUUUAGGCCAUGAACCUGGUCUGGUGCAGCUGGUGAAUUAUUACAGGGGGGCAGAUAAGCUUUGCAGAAAGGCAUCCCUGGUCAAGUUAAUAAAGACCAGGCCAGAGCUUUCUGAUUCCAGUAACUGGUUUCCAGAGUCCUACAUCAUCUACCCCACUAACCUCAACACUCCUGUUGCUCCAGCUUCAGACGGCAUCAGCCAUCUGAAGAGCAACCCUAAGACAGAUGAGCGGGAGGUUUUCCUGGCCUCCUAUCAUGCUAAAAAGGAAAGUGGAGAAGGCACAGUUUGGAUCGCCAAAUCUUCUGCUGGAGCUAAAGGUGCUGGUAUCCUGAUAUCUCAUGAUGCCACUCGGCUGCUGGAGUACAUCGACAAUCAGGGACAGGUUCAUGUGAUUCAGAAGUACCUGGAGAAGCCUCUGCUGCUGGAACCCGGCCAUCGCAAAUUUGACAUAAGGAGCUGGGUGCUGGUGGACCACCAAUAUAACAUCUAUUUAUAUCGAGAGGGGGUGCUACGGACUUCGUCGGAGCCCUACAACAGCUCAGACCUCCAGGACAUGACCAGCCAUCUGACCAACCACUGCAUUCAGAAGGAGCACUCCCAGAACUACGGCCAGUACGAAGAAGGGAACGAGAUGUUCUUCGACGACUUCAGGCUUUACCUCCUCAACGCUCACGGCGUCACCCUGGAGACCGCCAUACUGCCACAGAUCAAACACGUCAUAAAGAGCUGUCUGACCUGCAUCGAACCUGCAAUCAGCACCAAGCACCUGUCCUACCAGAGCUUCCAGCUGUUUGGAUUCGACUUCAUGUUGGACGAAAACUUCAGAGUGUGGCUGAUUGAGAUCAACGGAGCUCCAGCCUGUGCUCAGAAGCUGUAUCCAGAACUGUGUCAGGGGAUCGUGGACGUGGCCAUCUCGACCGUGUUUACCCUCAGCAGCGAGUCCUCGUCGGCCUCCUCUUCGCCGUACUCUUCCUCUCCGUCUUCUGUGUUCUCCACCAACUCCUGCUCUUCUCCCAAACUCAGAGGACCUUUGCACGUGGGUCCGUUUACACGUUUGUGAGCUCCCCCCCCAAAAGGAGCAGAAGCCUCCAGAAACUUGAAGCAUUAAAAACCUUCACUUUCCUGAUUGUUGCUGUCAUAACUGAGGCCGAAUCCUAGAUCCAAUGUUGGGCUUUCUGAAUAAUGAAGGGACCCCCCCAACCCCACCCCCCAGCACCACCACCGCCAACUGCCAGUUAGUUUGCUUGUUAGUGACUCAUGUUUGUUCUGCAACCUUUUGCCUUGUAGCUGAACUCCAUCCAGUCAGACGGAAAACACAAACGGGAUUCUGAACACAUUGAAAUUGUUUUCCUACCAGAAACGUUUCUUAUUUUUUAGCUCUUUGUAGCCGACAUGCGCUAAAAUCCUGACGCAGGGCCGUGUUGUGUGGCCGAAUCAACGGAGAGUCCUCCUAGAAAGCCUCGCACUUCUGAAGGGCACAGACGUCUCAGUAGCAGAGGAAAAACUGUGUUAUAGUUCAGUUUUAGUUUUGACGAGUUUGUCAGCGUGAAGCCGUGUAGCAGCCGAACCCCAGAACAACUCCGGCUCGGUUCUAGUUAAAGAAGAAAUCCACUGUGAGAGCUCGACGUGAAGGUAAACGGGUCCGAUGGCAGAAAUGAUCCUAUGGGACUGACGGGCUAACGGCUAGUCAGAACCAUUCUAAAACAAUGACCUUAUAAACGUAAAGCUGGCCUGCAUUUUGCUGCAUCUACAAUCAGAGUUCAGUGCAAAUAACUGUUGUGCUUAAAUUCACAAAAGUGCAAAUUUUUCUUAAAUUACAUCAAACGAGCUGAUGUGACAUUUUGGAGGUCUACGGAAGAGGAACAGUGCCGGAGUUCGGACUUUUUUCUUAGUCAAAAAUUAGAUUUCUGCUAAGAACAGUCAGAAUUCAGUUUCCUUAAUUUCUUAUUUUAAUUUCCGCGGCGCCGUUCCUCUUCCGUAGAGGUCGGAGGCAUUUUAACCUCGUUGGGCUGGAUCUUUUGUUUAGGAUUUAAAAAAUCUUUCUCAACCGGUUCGUCGUCAAAAUGAGAUGAAAUGUUCAUUUUCUUGUAAAUAGUUUAAAAAUGUAAGCCUCUAAAUGUAAAACCGUUCUCUGUGAAUAGUACGUCUAAACAGGAUGGGAGGACUAGCCGUUAGCCUAUCAGUCACAUUGGAUAGCAACUCUCCAAACUGAGUCUGUUCAGGAAGGUUAAGCUGGGAUUAUUUAUGACGUCCCACACGGGAACACUUUUCUCUGAGCUUUUCCUUUUAGAAACAGAUUUAUUGUCGGCUUAAUAAAAACAGAAAGUUGCUUAAAAGUGACAAACGUCCUGGAUGGUGACCUCUGGACCUGAGGUGACACUAAAGUUAUUUUGAACUAAUAGAAAACAAACAAAUUAUUAUUUAACGUAUUUGAUAAUAAUAAUAAAACAAAAGAUCUCGACCGGAUAAGAAUUUGUAAAUACGACUGAAGGAAAAGGAUGGAGACUAAACGGAUUGUAGCUUCUCUGCAUGACGUUUGCAUGUUCAGGAAAUGGAAGGAACCUUCUUCAGCUGUUGGACGGGGCACUGGGGUUGGGGCUCUCAGACAGGAGCUUGUUUCAGCUACAACACCGGUUUGGUUCGGUGAUGCGCUGAGGGUCGGUCACGUGGACUUAUCACAGGAAGUGAGCUUGUUACGGAUGUUUUGGAAACCGUGAAGCACUCCGAAGGACAGCAGGCGCCGGAAGCUGGAAGCGUCAGAAGAUCUUAGUGCCUUAGAAGUCAUCCAGUUAGUUUUAGAGGAAAAGACCUUCAGCAAUAAAAUGGAUUUGUUCUGAUUCUGAAGUAUCGUUUGUCCCGCCCUGCCAGACCCUGAUGAUGUCAUUUCCUUUUGUUUUCAGUGUGUGUGUAUGUGUGUGUUCUCUCUCAUCUUUACCAAAGAUAAAACUGUCCUGCUCUUCCCAUGUUUCUCCUAACUAGUCCUCGUGACCGAGGCUCAUGCUUAGACGAGUGUGUAGGUUGUUGUUUUUUAAAUUCUCUGCAUGAAUCUUCAUGAGAAACAAUAAAACUUCUCAUUUGGAUCAAA